AAUUCCCUCUUGCUCCAAACCGAACUUUGUUCCUGUAAUAACUGGCAGCUGAUGUAACGAUAAGAGAAUGAAGUCUAUAAAAAUCUAGCUGAAAGCCUGGGAAGUUCUCACUAGAGUUCUUCCUGCCUCCUCCGCCCACGGCUGGUCGAAGUGACAACUCACGCUGGGAAGAUGCACUGGUGGAAAAUGAUGGCAGUCCUUUUGCUCUGCUCACUGCUGCUCAGCCAGGCACACGGUGCAUCCCUGCCCCAGACCCGGGUGCCACGGCAGCGGCGGAUGACGCCCUUCUGGAGAGGAGUGUCCCUGAGACCCAUCGGAGCCUCCUGCAGGGACAACAGCGAGUGCAUCACCAUGCUCUGCAGGAAGAACCGCUGCCUCCUCUCCACGGCCUCGGCAUGAGCUCAUGAUGACAACACCCCUCACUGUUACUGCUGACGAUGCUCCACACACUUGGGACAUAUUUAUUGACUGCUCAGGAGCUGGACAGUGAUUCAAGCAAUCAAAUAUAAACCAUAUUUAAUACUUCUGUCACAUGUGCUGAUAAAAGGACUUCAAGAGCUCAAGACCAUCUCCUGCCGUGGCUGCGCUCUGUGCCUCAGGAUGCCUCUGGCCAAGCUCAAUAAAAGGGCUCUGCCUCUCCUGCUCGUUUGGGUUUUUUGUAACGGUUCAUAUUAUUUAUUUGAAGGUGUGAAUUAAAUUAUAUAUUCAGCAAACCACCUUGGUUUUCCUUGUAUCCUGUGAGCAGAGUGGACGGUGAGUGCAGAGCUGGUGCUCAAAUCCAGCUGGACCUUUAUCCUUCCACCUGGCAGGAGCGUAAAGUAGAUCAGGCUCCAUCUCCUCAGUCUGACAGAUGAACUCUUAUCAGUGCUCAGAUAAAGGCCUGUUAGAAAGAGGGAGCCAAACUGAUAAUACUGAUACCAAUUUCAAUAUCCCAAAUAUAUCCAGUGAUAACUGGAAGGAAAACUAUUUACUUUUAAUUAUUUCUAAUCAAAUUUACUUAAAUACAUGUCCUAGACUGACUUUUGCCACUGACCUUACCUCCUAUUUUAAAAUAAAUUGAUCAAAA